CUCCUCAUACACACAGAGACAGCGAGAGAGAGGAGCAAAAGGGAAAGUGGGUAGUCAUAUUUAUAGGUGUUGGGUUGCUUUCAUUGUCUUGGUAAAUUCUCUUCGCCUGUCUGUCCUAGAAGUUUGAGAGAACCUCUCCUUGUGUUUUCUUUCUUGUUAUCAUCUACAGAUCGAUCACUCUCUGUUGCUCAGUUCAUUUUUCUCUUAGAUAAGGAGCCCUAGCUACUCGUUUCUUGCUGGUCUUCUAGCUAGCCUUCAAAGAGAGACAGAGAGAGAGAGAGAUGGCAGCCGCCUCCCAAGCCAUGCUAAACCAGGGCUUGUUUGAGGAGCAAGAGAUGCCUACGCAAAUGGGUUUCUUUUCUUUUGCUCCUAACUCGAGUUUUCCUCUAUUGGGUAGUUGCCACCAAUCUCUGAAAGGCUUUACUAUACCUCAUUCACUUGCAGCAGAUGCACCAUCUACUGCAAAUCUCACCGAAACCCUACUGAUCUCAUCCGCUGCUGCUAAGCAAAGAGAAGACAUGUCAGCUAACUUGGGAGGACCCCAUCUCUUUUCCGUGCAAAGAUCUAGUGCAAAUCUGUGGACACAGGGAGAGGUGAACGAGUAUUUAAGCAACAAAAGAAGUGGUGGAGAUGGCCAUCUAGGGGUUUCAGCACUGAAAAUGAAGAAGAUCAAAGGGAGGAGGAAGGUAAGAGAGCCUAGGUUUUGCUUCAAGACAAUGAGCGAUGUGGAUGUGCUGGACGAUGGAUACAAAUGGAGAAAGUACGGCCAGAAAGUUGUAAAGAACACACUGCAUCCAAGGAGCUAUUAUCGUUGUACACAAGAUAAUUGUGGUGUAAAGAAACGAGUUGAGAGAUUAGCAGAAGAUCCGAGAAUGGUGAUAACAACCUAUGAAGGGAGACAUGUACAUUCUCCAUCACAUGAUCUUGAAGACUCUGAAGCUCAGUCCCACCUUAACAAUUUCUUCUUCUAGUGCUCUAUAGCUGCCUUCAUCUUCUCUAUGAAUGUCCUUAUAUGUAUAAAAUCCUUCAUGGCCUCUGCAUAUUCCUCUUUUCGAGGGAUUUGAUUAUUCAUGAAUACGUGGAUUCCACUCUCUUUUAAACUGGGGUAAGUGUAUUUUUGUUGAGACUGUAGGGAGCAUUAUCAUAAUUUUACAUGUUGUAUUUUUUAUUUUCUUCUCUAAGGUUGAAACUAUUGUAUAAUUUAGAGUCGUCCAACUUCUGUAUAUUUGCUCAACUACUUGUCUAAGAUUCUUCUUAUUAUUAUAAUAGAAAAUGUUUUCUUUU